CGCGUCUGUUUGUUUACUAUCGAGGGGCACAAAGAUGGCGGAUAGCAACCGUUGUCAAGACCGGUGUCACGUGGGUGAAAGCCAAGAAUUGAACAUUUAUUUAUAUUAUGCCAAGCCAUGCAUUACGGCGCGGCUUGAUUGGCAUAAUAUAACUUUGACAAAACGCCUAAAAAGACUCUUCUUGAUAUAUAAUUGCAGCAGAAUUAAUAGACUGGUUAGAACUUGUGGUAUACCUAUCGGCGCAAAGAGGAUCGACGUCCACUAUUGACAAGAUCUUCAGCUCUAGAUAUGGUGUCGCUGUCAAAGCGCAAUGCUCUACGAGACCCAUUCAGCCGCAUCAACUAGCUCUUACUAAGAACAGACGUGCUGAGCUUUGUCAACACCCUAAAAACAUACACAUAAGGAAAGAUAGCGAAAUUAAAGAGCCGAAUAAAGUGGUUAGCCCUGAUCAAUCUGCUGCUAACAAUGAUUUUGGUCAAGAAAUGAGUUCAUCCUCAUCACCAAGUGUUAGUAUCGACUCUGCACAUGCGCAAGAUCGUGACGAGUCCUGUGAUAAAGAUACUAAAGAUAAGAAUAGGAACGCGUCACCAGGUUACGAAGACAAGGCCGAUAAUUUGAUGUUGUUGUCGUCUAUCGCUAGUCGAAUGGGCAUAGACGCUCAAGAUGGAAGUAAAAACAGUUUCCUUAAUUCUUCCCCCUCCGGACAAAUUUCAAAUGGAGCAAUGUCAGCAGCCACAAACACCUCAAGGGAAGAAGAUUGUGCCACCAGCGGACAAGAGCGAGGUUGUCCACGUAGUGGAUUCCUUAAAAAAGUCUUCGUUCUCCCCGCAAAUUCUCUCUACCUGCCAUCACAGUCUGAGCUUUGCAAACUUAGAGGAUCAAGAAGCUCUUAUUGCAAGGUGUUUUUCAAUGCGGAAAUGAAUGAAACCGAUGUGUAUGAACAAAUCAGAAUGGCAUUUGAUGAUCUUGUGGGCUUCUCGUUUCGUUUGGCAGUCGUCGAUCAGACGGGCAAGCUAGUUUUCUACGAUGGAUUUUGGACAGGCAAGGUCAUAAGAAGAAAACUUCGUGGCAAUUCGGUCUUGUAUGUCGUGCCGGUAGUGGAGAAGACCAUACAGAUUGAUUGCAAAAGUGCUGUGUGAUGCCUCGAUCUUCUUUGCAAUUGUCGUUUAGUACAGCCUCCUUUCUCCUCUCCAUUCCCCUUCGCUGCGCGCAUGCUGCUAAUCUAUUGGACAAGCUUCAAGCAUUAAAUUUGGAAAGACGAAAUUCAAACAUUAAGAAUGGGCUUAAUCAAGUUAAAGAAACUUAGAAAAGGAAGAUAAAGCCGCUUUAAACGAAUCUUAGCGUACGUUUUCAAAAGUCAAUUUUAACUAGAAUUUAUACAUGAUGCAUUAGAAAGAAAUCAAAUGUUCUGUGUACGUCCGGUACCUGGGUCUAAAAGUUUAUAAAAAUAUUUAUGUGAAAAUAGGAAUCAAUAUUUUUGUUAACGUGAAAAUAAAGAGAUUGAAUAUGCUGCUUAAAAUCAAA